CAUCCUCACCUCCCCAUUUUUGAAUUCUCUGUUCCUCACCACUCAAUUCGACUCGCCACCAUGAGAGAAGUUAUUAGUUUGAACGUCGGCCAGGCUGGUUGCCAGAUCGCCAACUCCUGCUGGGAGCUUUACUGCCUCGAGCACGGCAUCCAGGCCGAUGGUUACCUGACCGAAGAACGCAAGCGGGAUGACCCCGACCACGGCUUCAGCACUUUCUUCUCGGAGACUGGCCAGGGCAAAUAUGUUCCUCGCACCAUCUACUGCGAUCUGGAACCCAACGUUGUUGAUGAGGUCCGCACCGGCACCUACCGCAGCCUCUUCCACCCCGAGAACAUGAUCACCGGCAAGGAGGAUGCCUCGAACAACUAUGCCCGUGGUCACUACACCGUGGGCAAGGAGAUGAUCGACCAGGUCCUCGACAAGGUCCGCCGCGUGGCCGACAACUGUGCCGGUCUCCAGGGUUUCCUGGUCUUCCACUCCUUCGGUGGUGGUACCGGCUCUGGUUUCGGUGCUCUGCUGAUGGAGCGUCUCUCCGUUGACUACGGCAAGAAGUCCAAGCUGGAAUUCUGCGUCUACCCUGCCCCCCAGAACGCCACCUCCGUUGUCGAGCCCUACAACUCCAUCCUGACCACCCACACCACCCUGGAGCACUCCGACUGCAGCUUCAUGGUCGACAACGAGGCCAUCUACGACAUCUGCCGCCGCAACCUCGGCAUUGAGCGCCCCAGCUACGAGAACCUGAACCGUCUGAUCGCUCAGGUCGUCUCGUCCAUCACCGCCUCCCUGCGUUUCGAUGGCUCUCUCAACGUGGAUCUCAACGAGUUCCAGACCAACCUGGUCCCCUACCCCCGUAUCCACUUCCCUCUGGUGGCCUACGCCCCCGUCAUCUCCGCCGACAAGGCCUCUCACGAAUCCAACUCGGUCAGCGAGAUCACCAUGUCCUGCUUCGAGCCUAACAACCAGAUGGUCAAGUGUGAUCCCCGCAACGGCAAGUACAUGGCCACCUGUCUACUGUACCGCGGUGACGUGGUCCCCAAGGAGACCCACGCUGCCGUCGCCACCCUCAAGACCAAGCGUACCAUCCAGUUUGUCGACUGGUGCCCUACCGGUUUCAAGAUUGGUAUCUGCUACCAGCCCCCUCAGCAGGUCCCCAACGGUGACCUCGCCAACCUCGACCGUGCUGUUUGCAUGCUGUCCAACACCACCGCCAUCUCUGAGGCCUGGUCCGCUCUCGACCACAAGUUCGACCUCAUGUACUCGAAGCGUGCUUUCGUUCACUGGUACGUUGGUGAGGGUAUGGAGGAGGGUGAAUUCUCCGAGGCCCGUGAGGACCUGGCUGCCCUCGAGCGCGACUACGAGGAGGUUGCCAGCGACUCGAUGGAGGAGGUCGAGGAGGCUGAGUACUAAACCGGCACUGCCGUUUAGUCGCAAAUCGGCCGACGGUGACGGACCAUGCGGUCGGUCACCUUUGGUGAUGAUUUCCCAAUGGCUGAACCAUUGGGGACCGGCAUUGGCCCAGGCUGUCGGAGUGAGUUGCGCAACCGGGGUGGUUUGCAAAUAGGAGAAAUGCGUUGGCUUAGCACAGACUACUAUGUUUUCUUUGAUAUAUGUUUAAUA